AUGGCAUCUCAAGACAUAAAAGCCCAGCUCAGAAGCUCGGUCAAAAAUCCCCCCUCGAGCAUCGUUUCCCGCGAUGGUGUAGCCCAACGAACUGAGAUUUCCCAAAUCAUGAGCGAAUUUCGAUCAGAAAUCGCUGCAUUGCAUGAUGAGGUGAAAACUAUGCGGUCGGAAAUUGCAACCUUGCGCGAAGAUGUGAAAACUAGUCAGAAGCAUCAAGAUAGAUCCCGUAUCAACUUCGAGCUGAACGGGGGAAAGUCUAUGCGCCAGUUUCGAAAUCUCAUAGUGCAACUGGCGGGUUGGACCGUACCUCCCACUUCGACCCCCGCUUCGAUUGCUCCGGUUUCGACUUCUACCGCGCCUCCUUCCUCAAGUGGGAAUCCGAUUCCAGUCCCCACAGUUGUGGCUCCGACUUCGAUUCGAACCCCCGCUGACGUGCCUCCUCCAGUCAUUCCUAAUUCGGCGGCGAUAUCAGCCUCGUCGGCGGUGCCAGCUUCAACGCCUAGGAAUCGAUCCCGAACCCGAUCUCGGCGUCGUUCCUCGCCCUCCGGCUACAGAUACACAUCCCCGAGGGGCAGCUCCCGUCGUCGUUUGCCCGAAAGCUAUGGUGACCACGAGUCAAGAAGACGUUCAGGAAGGCCAUCCGCCGACGAGUUGGGAAGAGGCUCGGACCGUGAUAGAUACGACUCGGAAGACGGUGCUGUCUACUACAAUCCGUGGUCCCUACGCGAAUCUAGAAAUGACCAACGGUCGUUCCGUCCUCAUGCCGAAUGUCGUCCGCCGCGCCAUUCGACUGAGAGUGAUGUUAACCACUACUACUACUGGGAGUGA